AUGGUCUUGUUUAUCGAGCGCGGUAUACGCGGUGGCCUCAGCCUCAGUCAAUGUUCCAACAGAUACGCGCGGGCCAACAAUAAGUACAUGUCUUCUUACGACUCGUCAAAACCGUCGUCGUACCUAAUGUACUACGACGUGAACAAUUUGUACGGCUGGGCGAUGUGUCAGCCGUUGCCCUACGCCGACUUUCGAUGGGUCGACGAUGCCGAGAACUUUGACUGGGGCGCGAUCGCUUCGGAUUCGCCCACGGGGUAUAUACUAGAGGUCGAUCUAGAGUAUCCUCAAUAU